AUGCGCGCGUCGGGCCGAUGGCGCGCCUCCGCGGCGGCGCUGUGCGCCGCGCUGCUGCCGUACGCCUCGCGGAGCGAGAACGUCACGAUCGGCUUCGGCGGCGCCUGGCGGGGCCUCUUCCUGCCGUCGACGGCGUCGGGCGCGCUCCAGGGCGACGCGUCGCUCUGGACGAGCUGCGACGCCUUCGGCGGCUUCGCGCGGCUCUACGGCUACGCCGGCGACGCGCUCGGCGGCGGCCUGCUCGUCGACACGGGCGGCUCCUGGGCCGGCGGCGGCACGCCGUUUCCGGACGUGCUGGCGGACUACGCGGCCCUCUUCGUGCGCGACGGGCCCUACGCCGCGACGUUCCUGAACGCCUACGACUUCUCCUACGGCGACGCGGCCCUCGCGGCCUGGCUCGAGGUCGCGAAUCGCACCUUCGUGCUGUCGAAUCGCGCGGCGUCGCCCGCGCUCGACGGCGCGCCGAUCGCGAGCUACGCCGUCGCGUCGACGACGAGCGGCGUGCGCGUCGGUUUCCUGGGCAUCGCCGAGGCGCGGGUCGACUCCAUCGACGGCGACUACGACCGGUGCCUCGCCGUCGCGGCGCGCGAGCUCGUCGCCGCCGAGGCGCCGGAUCUGGUCGUCCUGGUCACGGACCUCGCCGCCGACGACGCCUGGGACGCGGCCGUCGCGCGGACGCCGGGCAUCGACGUCGUGCUGUCGACGACGUGGGGCGACGAC